AUGCCGCCGAAGACCCAGACCGCCACCAGCUUACUGGCUGACUUGUGGAGGAGGCUUUCUCAUUCCAGGAAGAAGGUGGUGGAAAUCUUUCAUAUUCUCAUUAACCAGAUCUGCCUCCAGCCCAUCUUAGAAAGCAGCUAUGAGACUAUUCAGCCCUUUAUUGAAGAGUUUCUGCAGAUCUUCACCUCAGUGCUUCAGGAGAGGAGGUUUCUUUGUGACUAUGAUGAGCUGUUUCCUGUCGCAGACGAUGUGAGUCUGCUUCAGCAGGCAUCCUCUGCCUUGGAUGACACCCGGACAGCAUAUAUCCUCCAAGCAGUGGAAAGUGCCUGGGAAGGUGUGGAGAGGAGAAAAACACCAGUCGUUAAAAGCCAACCUCCACCAAUGGUAUCUGAUGGAGCUUCAGCAAUGGUGGAAAAUGCUGCUAAGGACUCAGAAGGGCUUGAUGAUGCAUACAACUUGGAGUAUGAUUGUGCUGGAGCAGCUGCAGCACCCGCUGCCAAGGUCUCGGGGGUGGAGUUGGAUUCUUUGAUCUCUCAAGUGAAAGAUCUGCUGCCUGACCUAGGGGAGGGCUUCAUCUUGGCCUGCCUGGAGGAGCACAGCUACAGUGUAGAGCAGGUGAUAAACAACAUCCUGGAGGAUAGGCUGGUGCCAUCCCUGGACAAACUGGAGCGAACAAUGCCAAGGCAGGUGAAGACAGAACCAACCCCUCUGGUGACUUCUCGAUACAACAUCUUCCAGGAUGAUGAGUUUGAUAUAUUCAGCAGGGACUCAGUGGACAUGUCCCGGGUACAAAAAGGCAGGAGGAAGGACAAGGAUACGACAAAGAGUUUACUGAAUGACAAGCGACUGAUAGCUGAGCAGAAGGAACGCUACAGCCAGUACAGUGUGAUCGUAGAGGAGGUCCCUGAGCAGGAGGGGGAAGCCCAGUUCUAUAGGGUUGACUAUGAGGAUGAAUACGACGACACCUAUGAUGGCAACCAGGUGGGGGCGAACGAUGCUGACUCAGACGAUGAGCUGAUCAGUAGGAGGCCAUUUACCAUCCCUCAAGUCCUGAGACACAAAGGACAAGAGGAGGAGGAGGAGGAAGAGGAGGAAGUGGAAGAGCCUGAAAAGGAAACAACAAAGCAGGACCAUUUUGUGCAGGACCCAGCAGUGCUGAGGGAGAGAGCUGAAGCCAGACGGAUGACUUACCUUGCAAGGAAAGGGUACAAGCAUGACAACACCUCAGCUGUCGUAGGGAACGCCAAGGGGCAUGGACAAAGCCGGGAUACAGUCCAAGACCGAAGGAAGAAGGAAGCCAACAAAGGGGCAAGAGCUAAUCAUAACCGCCGCGUCAUGGCUGACAGGAAACGGAACAAAGGCAUGAUCCCUUCCUGAGGGACUCUUAGCCCAAGGCAUUGCAUUGGAUUCAGGCCUUCACUUCUGAGGGCCUCCUGAUCUUAAGGUUAUGGUGCAAUACCCAGCCCUUCAAUUUUAACUGGGAUCACCCCACCCUGGGGAGAGCUUUCCAUUUAUGAAUAGGAACUGCCCAUCAGGCAGGCUUGCUGCUGUGCUAGUUGUCAAUACAGCUAAUGCAGCAGCAGGUCUCUCAGAUGCAUAGGACAGGCUGCAACAGCCAUUAGUUUUUUUUUUUAAACUAUUUUGUAAUGAUUCUAUGAGAACUUUAUUUUCAUAUAAGAAACAUCCCCCCGCCCCCACAACUAUCAGCACAGCUAAGAGCACUUAGAAUGAGCGCUACAACUGACAGUGAGCUUCGCCUGCGCCAUUAGCUACAGCUGCCCACUCCACACACGGUGCCUUAUCCUGCAGUAGACUCAUGGGAUGUAUAGAAACAAAUGCACAACAGACCAGUCCUGUUGCUGACAAAGCCCUAGGAGUUCAGCUGUAUGGUGAUGUACUUUAAAUUCCUCUCCCUCGAGCGAGAAACGUGUAUAAAAACAUGCAGAUAAAGAAUUUGAAUCUUU